UUCCUCUCCUCACUCCUCUAUUAAUCCUCUUCAUCAUCAUAACAUAAAAGGUUCCAUCCACACUCACUCAGUCUCUCUCUCUCUCCCCCACACACCCACACGCAAACAUGGCAGAAGAGGAUGAAACAGAUCCAUGUUUCUCCACACUCAGCUUUCCGUUUUUACCCCUACCAGCACCCACCAUGGCCAUGCAUUCACCUGACCAUCCAUCAGGAACUUCAACUCCCCCACUCCAGACCUUAGCUUCCGUCCCCUUCAAAUGGGAGGAACAGCCCGGCAAACCCCGACCCUGCACCGACAUCAUUCCCUUUCCCCAACCCGCGGCCAAGCCCUUGGAGCUUCCACCCUGUAGGGUGGAGCCUGCCCACAAAAUGCCCUCCCCCACCACUGUUCUUGAUGGCCCUUAUAAUGUCGCCCGCCCUAAGUUUUCUUCCUUCAGAUUCUUUCGGGAGGCCCACGACUCCUUCGACAGCCACAGCAGCGAUAGUCCUGAGAGUGCUGUGGAUGUGCUGCUUGGAAAGAGGAGUAGUGGAGGGCGGAGAAUUUCAAGACCAGUAGGGUUCUUCCGUAGGACUUUGAGGUUCAAGAGUGGUGGUAAAAAGGAGGUUGAUGAUGGGGAUUGUUUUUCAACUACUGGCUGUGAGAGUUAUGAGAGCUCCAGCAGGGCCAAAAUGGAGGGGAAGAUGAGAAGAAGUGGAAGCUUUUCCAGUUCUUCCCAACCGACGUCUACUCAUAUCUGGAGUGCUAUAUGUGAGAGUUUAAAUCAAGUGAUGGCAUGGAAGAGUAGUAGAAAAUCGAAGAAAGAAAGGAUCCGUUUGAAGGAGUCCGGCAUAUAGACAUGCAAGAAGGAAAAUCUUGAUUGGAGGAACGAAUGUAAUAUUAUCAGUUUGCCUGCAUAGAAGAUCAUCGUCAAUGGUUUACAAGAAACGCUUCAUUACUUUGCAUGUAUAAUUAUCACCUUUCACUUUCUUUCUUCGUAGCUAAUGUAACUCUCUCUUGUACUUGACAAUUACCCGUUUCCGCAGCCUCUCAUUAAUAUUUACUACACCCACUUUCCCACAAUCAUCAAUAA